AAGAGAAAGUCUCGACUCAGGCGCAGUGUCACAUUAGACCGCAAGCCUCCAAACUGGGCAGAGGGACCAAAACAACAACAACAACAAUUUGGACAAAAGACAACUCAUUCAUGGACCGAAACGCGACUCUCCUCGUUACCUACGACAACCGCAGCAUUAUCAAUGUCACUUGCUCCCGUGACAAUGUUGUGAAGACGGUGAUUUUCCCCCUCCUCUACACCACCUUAUUCCUGGUUGGGCUGCCGCUCAAUGGCCUGGCGGUGUGGGUGUUCUUGCGCAUUCCUUCACGCUCUCACUUUGUCAUAUACCUGAAGAAUGUGGUGGUCGCUGAUGUCAUCAUGACCCUCACGUUCCCUUUCAAGGUUUUAUCCGACUCCAACAUGGCCUCCACGGACUUACGAAUCUUCGUGUGCCGGGUCUCCUCUGUGCUGUUCUACCUCACCAUGUACAUCAGCAUCCUCUUCUUUGGCCUCAUCAGCAUUGAUCGCUGCAGGAAGACACUCAACCCCUUCAGGGGCACCAACGCGGCCCGCCUGACCCGCCGGAAGCUCUUCUCUGGCGCGGUCUGGAUCUUCCUGCUGGUUCUCUGCCUUCCCAACGUGGUUCUAACCAGUAAAAAGCCACGUUCGCCUUACUUCAAGUGUAGCGACCUGAAGGACCGAGCUGGGCUGUACUGGCAUGAGGUGGUCAACCACGUGUGUCAGGUCAUCUUUUGGGCCAAUCUUGUGAUAGUGAUCCUGUGUUACACCCUCAUCACCAAAGAACUGUACAAGUCGUACGCCCGCACCAAGUCUCGUGGCUCCGAAAGCCGUCAAAAGCAACAAAGCAAAAGAAAAAUGAACACUAACGUCUUCCUGGUCUUGGCCGUGUUUUUUGUGUGUUUCGUGCCGUUCCAUUUUGCCCGCGUUCCGUACACCAUGAGCCAAACCCGAGGCCUUCUCUUCGACUGCCACCUCAAGCUCUUCUUCUUCCAUCUGAAAGAGAGCACGCUAUUCCUGUCGUCGCUCAACUCCCUCCUGGACCCGCUCAUCUACUUCUUCCUCUGCAAGUCCUUCCGGACAACCUUGUUUAAGACCCUGCGGCUGCACCCAGGGACUUGCGGCUGGCUGCUGGGGAGGAACUCGGACAGCGAUUCGUGCAGCACCCCUUUGAGAGAAUCCUCCGUGUGCGCAUGAAGACCAUGUUUUAAUGCAGUGGUUAUCAAAUCUUUAACGCCAAAUGACGCCUAAAACAUUAUGCUUUUGCAAGGAGGAGACUACCGUUUUUUGGUUUUUUUGCUGCCUCUGCUUCUCAAAUAUGUGGCUUGUACUCACAUGUAAAGUCACGAUCAAAAGUUUCUAUACACUUGUAAAGAACAUAAUGUCAUGGCUGUCUUGAGUUUCAAAUACUUUCUACAACUGUCUUUACAAAAACUCGUCACCUUUCUUAUAAUAAAGUUGACUUUGGAAUAUUUAGCGAGGAAAUUUCCCGACUGGAAUUGUUGCACAGGUGGCAUCCUAUGGCCAUGGAUGAAGUGCUGGCUGUCCAGAGUCGGGACCCGGGGUGGACCGCUCGCCUGUACAUCGACUGGGAACAUCUCUGCUGCUGACUUGUCUCCGCUCGGGAUGGUGUCCUGCUGGCCCCACUAUGGACUGGACUCUUACUAUUAUGUUGGAUCCACUAUCAAAUCAAAUCAAAUCAACUUCAUUUAUAAAGCACAUUUAAAAUUUACCACAGGGGUAGCCAAAGUGCUGUACAAUGGGCAGGUUAAAAGAUAAAACGAGUACCGAGCAAGCACAACACAACACAAACAGAACAUGAUAAAAAAUAAAUAAAUAUAUGGACUGGACUCUCACAAUAUUAUGUCAGACCCACUCGACAUCCAUUGCAUUCGGUCUCCCCUAGAGGGGGGGGAGGUUACCCACAUAUGCGGUCCUCUCCAAGGUUUCUCAUAGUCAUUCACAUCGACGUCCCACUGGGGUGAGUUUUUCCUUGCCCUUAUGUGGGCUUUGUACCGAGGAUGUCGUUGUGGCUUGUGCAGCCCUUUGAGACACUUGUGAUUUAGGGCUAUAUAAAUAAACAUUGAUUGAUUGAUUGAUAUUAGAAAUGGACACUGACAGACCCUUUGCAAUUUUGUUGUGUUUUCGGCAUAUUUUGUUUUUGUAGAAUGACAUUAAAAGAUGUUUAUUACAUUCUUCGUAUAGCUAGAACCGCCACUGCUAGGUUGCAGAGUCCCCGGGUUGUUUAUGUGCUUGUGUUUCUGCAAGUCUCUUUUUUGUCAUGUAAAGCCUUCCAUGCUGCACUUUUUGGUAUGCAACGUGAAUAAAGUUGGAUUGAUAAAUA